AUGGCUCGGAAGAAGCUAGAAAGACAAUUAAUGUCAGCUCUUCCCCCAGAAAGGGUAACCCUAAGUCGCCCCUUUGCCAACACUGGUGUCGACUUCGCCGGGCCAUUUGAGCUGAAAACCUAUUCUGGUCGCGGGUGCCGCAUUGUUAAAGGAUACAUCUGUCUGUUUGUCUGCUUCGCUACUAAAGCGAUUCAUCUAGAAGCAGUAAGCGAUCUCUCUACUCCGGCAUUUAUGGCAGCAUUAACCCGAUUUAUUUCUCGUCGAGGCUGUCCCAAUAAAAUAUUUUCUGACAAUGGUCGUAAUUUCGUCGGUGCUGCUCGAGAGAUUAAGGCAAACUUUAAAAGAACCGUCUUGGAGUUGAAAGAUAAAGCCAUAUCACAAUACGGCCAACAACAACUUGAAUGGCAUUUUAUACCAGCUGCUGCCCCACAUAUGGGAGGUUUAUGGGAGGCGGGUGUUAAAAGUUGUAAAACUCACCUGAAAAAGAUUGCUGGUCAAAUACAUUAUACCUACGAGGAAUUUAGUACAAUGUUAGCAGCCAUUGAGGCCUGUCUAAAUUCACGCCCAUUGACCCCACAAUCGGAAAAUAUCGACGAUCUAACUGCUCUUACGCCUGGCCAUUUUCUGAUUGGCUCAUCCUUACUGUCCCCUGCCGAACCAGAAGAAAUUCCUACCAAAACAUCUUUGCUAAACCGAUGGCGGAAAUUAAAAGUUAUUCAGCAGGAGUUCUGCCGUCGAUGGAAAUCCGACUACUUGAAAGAACUCCACAAAGGAACAAAUGGAAACAGCCAUCACAAAAUCUAA